CGCUAAGCAACACAGCUAUCGACUAAACGCAAAGUGAAGUGAAAAUUUGUGAAAAGACGAAAAGUUAAAGAAAUUGAAGUGUACUGAAGAGGAUGGCCUCGCUGGAACCAACGCAAAAUAAAACAUGGGAUCUAUCCCUAUACGAGCUGCAGCGCAAGCCGCAAGAAAUAAUCACAGACAGCACAGAAAUAGCCGUCUCUCCGCGCAGCCUACAUAGCGAAUUAAUGUGCCCCAUUUGCUUGGACAUGCUCAAGAAGACGAUGACCACCAAGGAGUGCUUGCAUCGGUUCUGCUCGGAUUGUAUUGUGACCGCAUUGCGAUCCGGCAACAAGGAGUGCCCCACUUGCCGCAAAAAACUUGUGUCCAAACGUUCGUUGCGCGCCGAUCCAAACUUUGACUUGCUCAUCUCGAAAAUCUAUCCCAGUCGCGAGGAGUACGAAGCCUCGCAGGAGAAAAUCAUGGCCAAAUUCAAUCCGACACAAUCUCAAAAGGCGCUCGUGAACUCCAUCAACGAGGGCAUCAAGCUGCAGUCGCAGAAUCGGCCGCAACGGUUUCGUACUAACAAGGGUGGUGGGGCUGCUGCCAACAACAAUGGAGGUGGGAACGCUGGCAAUGCUAAUCGUGGUGUGAAUGCUCACGAUACGGCCUCCAAUGACAGCAACAGCAAUACGAACGGUAACGAACGUGAGUCCCGGGAUACCGGUGGAGCAACCGGAGCUGCUGCACCCGCUGCCCCAGCCGCAGCAGCUACUACAACGCCCGUCAGCAGUAGUAGCAGCAGUAGCAGCAACGCCACUAACACCGCCACCACCACCCAGGCGGGCACAUCGGGCGCUAGCACCUCAUCGAAUCGCAUGCAAGUGGAUGAUGCAUCAAAUCCUCCUUCGGUGCGCAGCACACCUUCUCCGGUACCGUCGAAUUCGAGCAGCACGAAGCCGAAGCGUGCGAUGUCGGUGAUGACGUCGGAGCGUUCAGAGGAAUCAGAAUCUGACUCACAAAUGGAUUGUCGCACCGAGGGUGACUCAAAUAUCGAUACCGAGGGAGAGGGCAACGGCGAACUGGGCAUCAAUGAUGAAAUCGAGCUAGUCUUCAAGCCCCAUCCCACAGAAAUGUCCGCUGAUAAUCAGCUGAUCCGUGCACUCAAAGACAACUGCAUAAGGUACAUCAAGACAACAGCGAAUGCCACUGUGGACCAUCUCAGCAAGUAUCUAGCGAUACGCCUGACCCUCGACCUGGGCGCCGAUCUACCAGAAGCCUGUCGUCUGCUCAACUUUUGCAUCUACGUGGCACCCCAGCCGCAGCAGUUGGUAAUCUUGAAUGGUAAUCAGACGCUACAUCAGGUCAACGACAAAUUCUGGAAGGUGAACAAACCGAUGGAAAUGUAUUACUCAUGGAAGAAGACCUAAAGCGUUACCUUACCUAGUUAAAAGCAUUUUAGCUAUUAAGCAUUCAACACUAUAAAUAAUAUAUAUACUCGUAUAUAUAAUAUUUCAAUAUAUACAUGUUUAGUUUUAUCAUCUAUGUGCUUAACAAGAAUAUAUAUGUAUAGAAGUACACCAUCAAAUUCUAGAUGAUGUAUGUAGAAACCACA